AUGCUCGUGCGAAAAGUGUGUUGGCAAAGCAUACCGUAUACGAAGCACAGGGUCUGUAGUCUUGGAUUUUUUCAUUCUAGCUUUAUUAUUCGAUCAAGAAUUCAAUCAGGGAUGCCUAUUCCUGACUUCAAAUCUUGGAAAGUACUGCAACUCAAGCAGGAGUGCAAACGUUUGGGCCUGGUCACUUCGCGUACCAAACAAGGACUAAUCGAACUACUUCGUGAAUAUUAUGAAAAAGAAAGCAUCAACGAGAACAAGGCAGCCAAAAUCGAUCCAAAUGUCAUUGUCAUCUCUGAUUCAGAAAUAGACGAGCAUUCAACAAGCUUUGAGGUGGUUGAGAGCAAGAGCACGAGUCCUCCCGUCGAAAAAGGAAGAUUGAGUAAUGCUUUUAAAAGCUUGAGCCUUAGUGAUAACGACACUGUUUCGACAUCAAGAUCUAGGUCAGCAUCGAGCUGCUCAAAUAUAUCUGAAAGUGAACUGCCGACAAACGAUCAUGCCAGCACAUACGGCCCACAACCUAAUUUUAUGGAUCAACCGAUGUGUGACGCUAUUUUUGCGGAUGAGCAGCUUUUUAAGCGAAUUUUGAUGCUAGAGCCCAUCAGCUUAGAUGAAAUGCUGGGUGUCGCGCAUCGCUCAAAAGUAUUAACAUCAGCAUCAGCGACGCGAAAUAGAGCUGAACUGCGAACAUGGCUCGAUUGUCAAGGCAUCUGCUUCUACGAAGCGGAACUUUCAACUUGA